AUGAUGGAGUUGGCAUAAAAGCUGGAAUAUUCCAAAUAUAUCUGUAAAAAUUAUUUUGUAAAAGAAAAUGCACAUAAUGGAUCAAUUUUUAGGUAUCUUAUCUAAGUCUAACCUUAGGUGUAAUUAAUGGUUGUAAAGGCAUUGUAAAAUGAUCUUUCUGAAGAGAUAUGAUUAGAAUGAAUUACUAAAUACGAUAUUGUAAAUGAUAAAGCAUUCAUUUUGGUAUUUUUCUAUAAAAAAAUUAAGGGAUUUAAGCUUAAUAGUACUCCUUAUAAUCACCAAAGGCCAUAGAUUGUAGUUAUUGAUAUUACUAAAAGAAGAAGAGAACAUAAUUGUUGUGUUACAAUCACCACCUGUUUUCAUAGACAGUAGAAAAAGUACUCAUGAUGAACACAGAAAAAUUUGA